CUGUGUUUUCACUCCAACUCUAAAAAUACAGUGCAUCUUAUUCACGGUUGCUUAUCCUGGUAUUUGACUUCUUAUUAUAGGCUACUGGAUUCGAAGAUGUGGUUGUGGAUUUUAACUGGCCUUAACUUCAUCAUGAACGUUGAUGGUUAUGCAAGUGGAGCCAUCCCAGCAGUAUGUGAAUCGAUGGUGCCUAACCAUAGGACCUUUAAGCCUAAGGAAACGACCCCCCCUUUUAAUAUUUAUUACCAAGGGGGCAAUGGAACUUUUAUAGUUUCUCUCCAGGGCAACAACUCCAAUGCGUUUUUAGGAUUUAUGUUGGCGGCUCUAGAUGAUGGAGGCAAUCAUGUAGGACAUUUUAUUCCAAUUGAUUUGAAAGUUACUCGACUCCUGAAAUGCGGUGGUUUAGAAGCCUCAGCUGUCUCUCACACAAACAAUCAGGUUAAGAGGUCAUUCAGAGUUAAGUGGACAGCGCCGGAAACAUGGCAAAGCACAGAUAUCACUUUCAGAGCAACAGUUAUUCAGUCAUUUGGAACAUUCUGGGUGAAUGUGAAUUCAACUCUGAAAGCCACAACAACAACAACAACUAUUCUUACAGCUACGGAGCCAAUCUCUCAAACAAGCACUAUUCCUAAAACUACUGAGCCAAUCCCUGAAACAACCACUAUUCCUAAAACUACUACUGAGCUACUCAGUGCAAUUCCUACAACUUUUAAGCCUACAGCAAGUACUACAAGGCCUACUCCGGAGCCAUGUCAUACUAUCAAAUGCAAAAAGCCAGUCACUGUGCUCAUGGUAAUCAACAGUCUUUUGGUGGUCAUGAAAAUGGAAAUGUCAAAUAUCAUCACAACCACUGUCAGCAACAGCAUCUUAUCUCGUCGUCUAAACAGGAUGUCGAAUAUCAUUUUCUGUAUGCUUUGUGAGGCGGUGGAAAUAUCCUCAAUGGUCUUGUUAAUUGUGUGCGAGUCCUUACACGUCAAUCUUGUUGCCCUGUUGUCCGUGGUGAUCAUCAUGAAUGUCUUGCUGAUAGUACUCACCACUCUGCCAAUCGGACCGAGUCAUGAGCUAAAGGAGAUGAGUAUCCCUGCUGCCUUAGUGUGUUCUGUCAUCCUCCAGAUUUUUACAAUUGCUUUUAUCUAUGACGGUUAUUCGGAGAUCGAGGAAUUGCUGUACACUUACACAGUAUGGAUUUUCCUGUCUCUCAUUUGGGUUUUGGUAUUCACCACUUGGAGAAGUGUCAUUCUGCAGGGCAGAAAGAGAGGGAGUUUAAAAAACACAACACAACACAGGCAACAAAAGAAAAAGAAGACGCUCCAUAAAGUGUUUGUAACUGCAGCCUCAGGUAUCUUCAUCGUUAUAGCCAGUGCUUUGGCUAUAGCUAGCAUUGUCUGGAUGUUAUGGCACACUGGAAAGUAAGCAUUUAUGUUGAGAUAAGCUGGUUUGUAUGUUAAUUCCAAUUGCUUUUUGAAUUGAGGUGGUUUGACAUCAUUACCAGUAUCGUUAUUUGCCUCCAAAUAUGCUUUAAAUGCAGUAUUUGGUAUAUACAAGAAUACCAGUCAAUGCACCAAUCUGAUACCACAAUUUUAAGCACCCCUAAAAAAUAUCCACUUGUAAUUAUUAUGUGACAAUGGCAAACCACAACAAGGCAAUUGCAAGCAGAGAUUGAAAUAUUAUUCAAAGUACAAAAUUUGUGUUUUUUCCCACACUGGUAUCAGACAGUAUCAGCAGACACUUUAGCCUAGUUAUGUUGUUGUUUAUAGAAAGGGAAAAAUGGUAUCUUAACAUCUGCACUUUCAAAUCAAUAUAUUGUAUUUUUUUACUGUUGCGUUUAAUUUUUGAGUGUUUUUUUAUGAAUGUUAUUAAGACAUGUAAAAAACAGUACAGAGUAAUUGCUCAUUUAAACGACCUAGUUAUUGCUUCAGCUUUAAAAGUGAUGUUCUAUUAAGGAGUUUGUUCAGGUUGGUUGGAUCACAUUCAAUCAGAACUGAACCUUUCAUAGAGAAAGAACUGUAAAUAUCUGUUGAGGUCACAUUUGGUCAAGCGCCAUAUCUCCUUGCACCCACCAGGCACCAACAUGAGGAAAUGUUCUUUAGGGAGUAGCUUUGAGGAAUGUGCUUCUCUUGUUAAGAACUAGUCUUGUUAAACAUAUUAUAGCUGUAGUACCGCAUUCAUCAACAUGAAUAUAGAAAAAAAUGGAUGCCAAAAAUGAAGCACUCGACAAAAAAUAACAUCUUGUGUUUAAGGCCAGAGGUAAGUAGAUCAGCAGAUUCUAAAGUCAUAAAGUCUGUGUCAGUCUACUUAUCUCAAGUAUGAGCUUCUAGUUGUAAACAUAAAACGGGCAAUUUAACAGCAACUGUCUAUUUCUGUAAUACAUUAGAACUGCAGUGAGCCUCCAUGUUAAAUACUCCUCUUUAUACAACUUUGACCUGUUUAAAUGACUGUUCUGUAACUAUCACUGAUCAAACAUGUUUGGAUUGUUGUGUCUCUCAAAUCUGACCAUAUACUGAAUAACCUUUUUACGUUAGGGCUUCGAAUGGAAAAUCUUCACAGUGAACAGUUUUUUAUUUUGUUUACAAGGUGUUUUUUUGCUGACGGAGAAAUGUCCAUUCACAAUACACUUAUGUAAAUGUUUGCUCCUGAUUGUAUUAAUGUCUACAUCACAUUCGUUGACUAUGUGAAUGUGUGCUGAAGCUUUAUAAAUACGUUGGUUAUAAAGCUACAGUGUUGUGUUUACUGCAUGACAAUGAUUCUUGCUUUUUAUGAUUCUUAAGAAGGGAGUGUUGUUAAGUAUGUCACCGUUAAGAUGCUGACUCACUCAAUAAUAAAAUCAAUUCCGAGAUACAGAGGCAUAACUUUGACCCACCUAGCUAGCUUGCUGCAACUUCCUUGUUUUGUAAAACAAAACUUCAAAUGUUGCAGCAGAUAAACAUUAAUUUUCCAUUUGAUGCAGCAUGUCAGAAAAGGCACAAGAAACAUUUUGACAUACUUCAGUUCCAAAUGCGCUUAGAUCAAAUAUGAAGACAAGGUACAUGGACUGUAACAAUCACCAUAUUCUGCUUCCUGAUACUUAUUGACUUCAGAGUGAAAUCUCUCUGCUAUCUCUAACCGCUUUAUAAAUCAUUAACUUCCUGCUGUGUUUUAGAGUUACACUUCCUGCUUUAUAAGUUUAAGUUUAUAUCAUUAAAAGGUGGUGAAAAUG